GUUCGUAAAGCUCGUAACAGACGGCAGGAGUGGAACCUGAUGGCGUACGACAAGGAGCUUCGCCCAGACGCUCGAGUGACGCCAUCACCGUACCACACCUCUGAUGGCUCGGUGUCACCUGAUGGGUCAGGGAUGUCAGACGACCCCUCCUUCCCUGCCAGCCCCAACCUACAUGACACCCAGCGGCAUGAUGGGAAGGAUCAUGUUGUGACUGGUGGAAGCGGUCAGACUCAGUCACUGGACCGCGCCCUCCGACCCACCACUGUGUCCACUGCCAUUACUGCAGCGACUGCCCGCCAGCACUCGCUUGGCCGCAACCAGCAACAUCACCAGCUGCCACAUGCUGGCUCGGCCAAUCAGAACAGAGCACGGACCAACACCGCCAACCACCAUCAGAUCCCUCCAGCUCCUCCUCCGCCCCCGCCUCCUCUCAUGCCGUCAGCGGGACAGAUCAGCUCCACCCACACUGCUGCCAUGGCAACACCACUGCAUCCUGCAGUUGCUCUUGGUAACCAAGGUGUCGCUGCUGCACUCUCUCGCCCCUACAGUCCCUCCCCUCCCCCACCUCCUCCAGCUAACUAUGUCCCCUCCCCCUCCCGGCCUGGAGGUCAGGCCCCGCCCUCGUCUGCUACCAUGCCCCUGUUGCCCCCGGUAACUGAUGCCAGGAAGCCUCCGGGUGGAGUGAACGUGCCAGUGAACGAUGCUCGCAGCGACCUGCUGGCCGCUAUACGCAGAGGGAUUCAGCUGAGGAAGGUUCAGGAGCAGCGUGAGCAGGAAGAGGCCAAGAAACGAGAGCCGACAGGAAAUGAUGUCGCCACCAUCCUGUCACGACGCAUUGCUGUAGAGUACAGCGAAUCAGAGGAGGAGUCCGAACCCGAGGACCAGGAUUGGUCCGACUGAGGAGGAGCUGCUUCAUCACAUGAUGAUGAUCGAUUAUUAUAAUUAAUGAUUGUUCAAAAUGAUCAGUUAUUUAUUCUUUAUGUUCAAAUCUCAUCUCCACGAGUCGAACCCUGCAGGUUUUAAUGAGCCCUGACGUGUCCUGUAGCGCCCCCCUCAGGUCAAACAUGUUCAGACUCUGAGGACUGGUUCAUGAUCGUCCAUAGCAAUAUUUACACUAAGGUGUUAAUGUUGUAAAAAUAUUAAUGAGAGAAAACAUUGUUUUGUUUUUUUAUCUUAACCCGAAGAAUAUGAUCAGUUCUUUGAGUUGCAGGAUGUCCAGCAGGUGGCGCUCACUGUGGUGAAAAGACAUGAAACAACCUGUUGAUUCUUCUCCUUCAUGACGUUUUACUGUGACUGUAAAAAACUCCUUCAUUGUUUUUUCAUUUUUUGCUUUUUAACAUACAAAUAUUUCAGCUGAUUUUUAAAAUGUAUUUAAAUCUUAAAAGUUAUAGUUUCUGCUCGUUUAUGUGUUUUUAAAGUUAUUUUCUAUUAUUUAUUUUCUGGUCAUCGUUGACGUGUUUCUUCACGUUCUGUCUGAUUCAAUGGUUACUAUGGUAACAGAGAAGAAAAGUCACAUGAUGCAUUUUGUUCUGAUGUUAUUCGUGCAUCAGAUUAAACAAUAUGAUGUAAUGGUGACAUCAUCAGCUGUAACUGUUUCACGUCAGUAUUCUCUGUGCUUUGAUGUCAUCGCUGAUGCUGAUGAUGUCAUCAAUGCCCUGUCAUCAGAAAUAUAUGUAAUGAGGGGCGUGUACUUCCUGUUCUGUACCAUCUGUGAUUGGUAGAAGAGAUUUAUUGAUUUGUGCUGUGAUUUGCAUGUUGAUGGAAAAAAAACCAAAUUGGUUAAACAAUCGAAAACUGUAAAACAAGUUCUUCAUGAAAAAGAAAACUUUACUGACAACGUUGCGUGUACGUUAUGUUUAUUAAGGAUUCAUUUUGUUAUGAUCUUUUAUUUGUUUUUUAUAUCAAUUUAAUGAAACUUUAAAUAGAUUGAAAAAAAGAUUUUGUUCAUCAAGAGCCAGGUGUGUUUUAUCUGAACUUUCUUCAUUUUUUGUGUAACUUUAUUUUUGCAUCAGAGUGAAAAUGAAAAUACUCGAGUAUCUUAACUGCUGCAGUAGUUUGGUUGAUGUGUAGGGGGCAGUAUAACCUCGAGCUGCUCAUUAUUUUAUCCAGAAGAAAAAACGAGGCGGAAACGGAUUCUCGGUGUUGUUCAAACUUCAAACUGAAAAACUAAAUCAAAGGAUUUCAUCAAAGUCUGACCUGUCCGG